UCGCGGGAAACGUCAACACUCGUUCGCCAGUCGCAUUCGCGUGCACGACCAAGCCUAACCGUAUCCGAGUGCCGGUCCGUUCCAAACUAUCGACGCACAACCGUCGUCAUUCGUUCCACCCGUCACCGUCCGCAACGCACGACCAUGAACGCCAAGGUUUUGGUAGCCCUUUGCUGCGUCGCCGUGUACGGCUGUUCGGCCAAGCCCGCCGGUCCGCCGUCCGCCGACGAGGAGAUCAAAGACCUGCCCGCCUACAUGAAACGGUUCGAGAAGCUCAACGUGGAACAGGUGCUGAACAACGACCGCGUGUUGGCCAGCCACAUCAAAUGCUUCCUGGGCGAAGGCCCGUGCGUCCAACAGGCCAGGGACUUGAAGAGAGUCAUCCCGGUCAUCGCCAACAACGGGUGUAACGGAUGUACCGAGAAGCAAGUGACCACCAUCAAGAAGUCGCUAAACUUCUUGAGAACGAAGAAGCCACAGGAAUGGUCCAAACUGGUCAAGAUCUACGAUCCAUCCGGCACCAAGUUGAACAAGUUCCUCGACGUUUAACGGGUGCACUCGAUCACUUGUUUUUAAUAUUAAUUGUAGUGCAGUGAUUGUGAAAUCUGAAAAUUUCGAUCGUGAUAUUUUUUUACGUUAGUUGUUUCCGUGUUGAUAAUGAAUCCACUGCACACACAACUUAUAGAGUAUAUAUAUAUGUAUAAUUUUAUUAUAUAUAUAUGAGAAUUUUUUUUUUU